UGUAUGCUUGUAACGAAUAGAGCAGUUUAACAUCCGAGGUUUCUCGAUAAUCGUGCCGGUAUGCAAAUGUCAAGACAACUCGUCGUCACAUCGCGUCGCCUGCUUCGUACCACACGCGGACCAUCGUCUCUGGUGCGGACGUUCUCCAUCGCAGUCCCCGCCCGCAAGGAAGGCCAAAUGCAAACCUCGAAGCCUCGUGGGUUCUUGGCCGACCGGGAUACUGCUCGCCGUGACCCAGUCCGUGCAGACGAGGAAAUACCAGCACAUAAUACAGCGACGAAAUCCCAGCUGCAAGAUCAAAUACAGCAAAAUCGGCAACAACUCGACCGCCUCGAGAGGCAGCUGUAAGUUCCCUGGACAGGUGCGGACCAGGCCUGGAACUGACCAGCCGUGCUAAUAAACCCCCCUCAGCCAAGAGUUUAAGCAGGAGGAGGGCGGACGGAGAAGUUUGAUGUAAGACUGAAAGCGCGGGUUUGGUUCCUAGUUGCAUUGUUGUUCUUCAUCCGCUUUGAAUGCGGGCACGGAGUCGAGAAUGGGGAGUAUGUCGGAAAGUAAAGCUAAGACAUUGCGUUGCUUCUCGUGACUUGUUUGAUUUGUCCAUCGAAUUUUCAAGGGCUGUUGGCGACACGAGGUCAAGUAAAAGAGCGCAGAACGCCCGAGCCUUCCAGCGAUAUCUCCGAAAGGUGCUCACGUAGCGGGUUCCUCAACUACUCGGGAUCU